CUUACGUCAUCGGGAGCGCGCCGCUCUCAUUGGACGCAGAUGCGGAAAAGACGGAAUCACCCCGCUAACAACAACACUGACGGUUUCUGUUGAGUUUGUGUCUUCCGGAGGAGUUUUCAGGACCCCAUGGCUUUACCACCCCAACUCAGAGCCAUCCAGCACCACCUGCGCACCGCCCAGGAACAUGAGAAACGGGACCCGGUGGUGACUUAUUACUGUCGGCUCUACGCCAUGCAGACGGGCAUGAAGCUGGACAGCAAGACGCCAGAGUGCAGGAAGUUCCUGGUGAAGCUGAUGGAGCAGCUGGAGUCGAUGAAGAAGGAGCUGAGCGAUAACGAGUCCAUCAGUCAGGAGGUCGUCGGCAACGCCCACAUCGAAAACUACGCCCUAAAGUUGUUCCUGUACGCCGACAACGAGGACAGAGCGGGACGCUUCCACAAGAACAUGAUCAAGUCUUUCUACACCUCCAGUUUGCUGAUCGACGUUCUGACGGUCUUCGGGGAGCUGUCAGACGAGAAUAUGCGGCACCAGAAGUACGCCCGCUGGAAGGCCACCUACAUCCACAACUGCCUGAAGAACGGCGAGACGCCCCAGUCGGGGCCCAUCGGCAUGGAUGGAGACGAGGAAGCAGAUGAGUUUGGAGCUGAAGGUUUCUCAGGACAGAGUUUCUCACACGGGGGCUCCUUCAGGACGGACCUUCCUUCUCAGGACCAGAAUUCGAAUGAAGCUCCAGGCAUCGGCUUCGCUCCGGGUCCAACGGGCCCUCCUGCCUCCUCAAACUACAACAACAUCCAGAUCCCACCUGGGGCCCACGCACCCGCCAACACUCCGGCCGAGCUGCCCGCUCCUUCAGGCGAAGCUGCAAAACCGACGCCUGCAGGCCGGUCGGUUCCUGCUGUUGACCCGUCGCUGCUCAACGCCCAGCAGCAGGGCGGCGUUCAGCUCUCCCCCGAAGACUUCACCAAGGCGCAGAAGUACUGCAAGUACGCCGGCAGCGCCUUGCAAUACGAGGACGUCAGCACAGCCAUCCAGAACCUCCAGAAAGCCUUGAAACUCCUCACCACCGGCAAAGAAUGAGCUCUUUGUCCGCCUCCCCUCUGACUCCUCCUUCCUCCUCUCCUUUUCUUCCAUCCCCCCAUCCCCCCCCCCCCC